GACAGUGGUGAUUGUGACUUUAAUUACAGCGGUGUCCUGAGUACUUUGUUUUGUUUAAUAAAAUUCUAGAUUUUAACUAAAAUAGUCCAUAAACCGUGCUCAAAAUGGUAAAAAUAGCACUUCAGAUAAGAGCGACGCUGGAAUGCAUAGAGAAGUUAUACACAAACCAUCCACAUUAUCAAUGGUUCCUAAAACUCAAGUGUAGCAGCUGCGGCGAAGUUUCUGAGAAGUUCCACGACCUGACUGAAGCUGAUAAAGUUCCUCAGAAGCACAAUAGGUCAGAAACGAACCUCCUUAUUAAGUGCAAACUGUGUUCGAGAGAAAAUAGUAUCGAUGUUAUCGAUGGAAGCAAUGGAGCAUUCACGAGCAAUGAUGUUGGUAAAUACAAGAGUAUAGUGACAUUUGACUGCCGAGGUGUUGAGCCUGUGGACUUUGAGCCUAAGUCUGGAUGGAUUGCUGAAGCUGAAGAUGACGGUAAAAAGUUUGAGGAUGUUGAUUUGUCAGAGAAAGAAUGGGUUGAUUAUGAUGAGAAAAACAAAACCUCAGUGGGCGUAUAUGAGCUGGAAUGGCAGUUUGUUAAAGUCAAGUAAACUCUUCUAUGUAUAUUACAAUUAAGUGAACUUUAAAUUUAUUUCAAUGUAAUUGUAAUGUGAAACUUACUCAGUAUAUUUACAAUUUACAGAUCAUUAAGAUCAUUAUAAUAAUAAGCCCUUUUUCCUGUGUUAAGAAAUUACAAUUAUGUAUACAAUACAUUUUUUUUAAUAUUUUUUUUUAAUUUUUCUUAAAUUAAGAGCAUUAAAGUAUAUUAAAUAUCUGGUACAUAAUGGUAAAAAUGUAAUAAAACGCCAUGUUUUGGUUUAAUUAAAUGAAAAGAACAUAUACAGGGAGCUCAGGAGUAUUUUCCAUAACUUCAAGGUAUUAACGAGAUCACUUUUAGGAACCGAACUGCAUAAGUAAUAUUUUAUUAACUAUAAAAAAAUCAUACAAAGUAAUUCAAUUAAUACUGACUAUCUAUGUAACACACGCCUUUAGGUAAAAAAAGCAUUUUAAAAUAUAAAUACGUCAUUAUUAUAAGAAUGCAUAUAAGGGACACAUUUUAGGCUCUAUUUACAAACGAAAAUAUUCAUUUUAGAUCACAUGUUCCAUGAACAUUUGUAAUUAACUUUUGUUAAAGAAUAUAACCCUAGAGUUAUGGUAAACACUCCCGAGCAACCUGUAUAUGUAUUAAGAUUAUAUUAAAAAGAUUUGUGCCAAUUUAAAUAGCAAAAAAUUGUCCGGUCAAUUUAGACUUACAAAAAUUUGGUAAAAAUGACUGUUUAGAACACCAUUAUAAAUGAAAACUACAAUUUUGUCAAACCUAAUUGUAUAAUGAAACUUACAGUUAUGCUAAAAACCCGAUAACCCCCCAUUUUUGUGACCUUUGACCUUUAAUAAAUUUUAUUCCAGAUAAGUAUCGGGAAUGAAGAGAACUUUCAAAAUUAAUUUAUUGUAGUGUUCUAACCAUUACUACCAAAUUUUAGCUCUAUGGAAUUUUAUGUUCACUACUGUUUUUGAGCCAAUUUGAAUUUUAAGCUUCUGCAUUUGAAUCUAUACUUUUAAUAGAUAUAAUUUAAUUAUAACUAUAAAUAAAUGUGUUAAGUUUUUA